GCCACAGCUCCGAGUAUUCGUUCCUAUGUCCCCAGCAUUCUCCUCUCGUCUCAAAAUGUCGUGACAUUAUUUCGUAAUUUUGUCUCGCUUGUUACAUUUCAAAAAUAUGAGGGGGAUUUUAAACAAACUUCAGCUACCGUUUGCGUUUUUGUUUCUGCUGCAUUAUUCGGAUGUUUUGAGGCUUUCGUCUGCACAAGAGAAUGACAAUGCAGAGGACACGUCCGACUUGGAGAACAGCCCCAAGUUUGUGGAGUCUGGAGACCUGGAAUCUUUGCCGAAAAGGCAGUUCAAGACGGCUGAAAUUGCAGAUGCUGUGAUGGGCACUGAAACUCCCAUCAACCCAUCUGAAAUCGAGUCCCUCUUCCCCAAAAAUGUGAAAGACUUUCAGUCAGGCUUCUCCCUACCCUGUGAUGACAGCAGUCCCCAGUGUGGAUCACCUGCUCCAGCGGAGAAUGGAGCGUCGCAGGAGGAGAACGACGCUGAUUCUUCGCAGCAGCUCACGCUUGACAUAGUGCAUGCGGAGGUCAUGGCAGCUGAGGAGCACAACACCACAGAGACCGCCAAGACGUACAAGGUCAACUGUGAUAGGAGGAACACCACAGGAAUGGAGAACUUCUCCGUGCAGGUCCUCAAUGCAUCACAGGAUCUAAUGGAGUUCCUCAAUGCUAACAGCACCGAGUGCUCUGUGGUGCUGUUCUUCACCACCUGGUGCCAGUUCUCAGCCAAUCUGGCACCUCACUUCAAUGCCCUACCUCGGGUCUUUCCCAGCAUGCAUUUCUUGGCACUGGAUGCCUCGCAGCACAGCAGCCUCUCCACGAGGUUUGGGACCGUGGCAGUGCCCAACAUCCUGUUGUUCCAGGGGGCGAAACCCAUGGCUCGCUUCAAUCACACUGACAGAACACUGGAGACGCUCACCUCGUUCAUCGUGAACCAGACAGGGUUUGAAGCUGGCCCCGACAGAAAUGUGACAGAUGCAGACCGCCUCGGUCCCCUUCCUAGCGUUCCCGUGAAGAGCAUCGACUGGCUGCUGGUCUUCUCCAUCCUCUUCAUCACAGGCUUCACACUGUACGCCAUCCUGCGGACUGACAGCAUACGCUGGCUCAUACCUGGACAGGAGCAUGAGCAUCAGGAGUGAAAGCUCCCAGACUGCUCGCCAAGAAGGAUGUAAACAUUCUUUGAUAAACAGUUUAGUUUAUUAAAAUGGCUAAUGUGCUUAUGUUUGAAAUGUUUGGAUGAAACUAAGUAUUUGAGCUCUUGUGAUUGAAAAUAAACAUGAUAAAGGUUUGGAGUGAAGGUAA